UAGAAACUCAGCCGACCCAAUGUUGUGAGCGCAGACGUCCGACUAGUUUUGGAGUGAAACCUCCAGGCGAAGGCUUAAUAUCUCAAAAGGCUACAUUUUCUAAAUACCCCGCACCUUUCUGAUGGGAGGACAAUGAGACCGCAUCCAAGAUAUGUGAUGUUGUGCAGUCAAACAAGAAGACCAAGCCAACCGAUCACGAGAGAAGUGACAGGAACGUCAAACCAAGACAGGGGACUGUGAAGGAAAGAUAUCCGAGGAGGAGGAUGAGAAGGAGUUGAGGAGUGACUACCAUGAGGAUCCCAAAGGUCGCCGUCCUCUUUCUCUUGGCCAUUUGCUUGGUGCUCUACCUCACCUACACCAAGCGCAACCAUGACAACAAGAGCCCAGCGACGUUCCUCAGGCAUCCGUUGCCGUUGCCAGCGGUGCCCGUCGUGAGCGGCCCCAAGGAGGUGCCCGUCGUGAGCGCCCCAAAGGAGGCGCCCACCCCGACUGCAGCUGAGGAAGGGGUCAGCCACCGCUAUGGCAUCAUGUUCGAUGCUGGCAGCACAGGGACGAGGAUACACGUGUUUAAGUUCCUCAUGCAGCCUAAUGAGCCUCCCAAAUUGGCCCACGAGUCAUUCAAAGCAAUUAAACCGGGACUUUCCGCUUACGCAGAUGACCCUGAUAGAUGUGCGGAGGGCAUCCAUCAGCUGUUGGAGGUGGCGGAGAGUGACGUGCCGCGUGAGGUGUGGGCCACCACCCCGCUGGUACUGAAGGCCACCGCAGGACUCCGGCUGCUGCCCGGGGAGAAGGCCACCCACCUGCUCAACAAGGUAAAGGAGCUGUUCUCUGCGUCCCCUUUCCUGUCCAGCGGUGACAGUGUGGCCAUCAUGGACGGCACUGAUGAAGGAAUGUCCGCAUGGAUCACCAUCAACUUUUUAACAGGUUCGCUGCAUGCGGCAGACAUCCCCACCGUGGGUAUGCUGGACCUGGGAGGAGGUUCCACACAGAUCACCUUCUCCCCUAGAGAUGAGAAAACCGUUCAGACCUCACCCGAUGAUAUUACAUCGUUUCAGAUGUUCAACCUCACCCACACACUCUACUCUCACAGCUACCUGGGUCUGGGCCUGAUGUCUGCAAGACUGGCGGUGUUGGGAGGAACUGAAGGAGAGCCAUUGCUGCCAGGCCAGGAGCUGCUGAGUCCAUGUCUGGCUCCAAACUACAGGGGCACCUGGGAACACGCCGAGGUCAAGUACGCGCUCAAGGGCCAGAAAGGACCCUCAUACGAUGGAAAGAGACCCGAGCCCAUGUAUGAGCCGUGCCGCAUCAAGGUGGAGAAGAUGCUCUACAAGAGGGUGAAGAAGGCAGAGGAUCUCUUCAACAUGGAGUUCUACGCCUUCUCCUACUACUACGAUCGAGCGGUGGACCUCAAACUCAUCGAUGAGAAGUCUGGUGGAAGCGUCACAGUCGGUGACUACAUUGUAGGCGCCAAAAAAGUGUGCAAUAAUAUGACGGCCAACUCCGGAGACAAUCCAUUUCUGUGCCUGGACUUGGUGUAUAUCUCCGUGCUACUGCAGGAACUAGGCUUCUCCACAGACAAACAGUUCAUGCUGUCAAGAACCAUUGAUGGCGUGGAGACAAGCUGGGCUCUAGGUGCCACCUUCCAUCACCUACAAACACUCCACUCACUGUGAGACAACCGAGCAGCCCCGGCCCGGCCCGCCCUCUCCGAGUCAGGACAAAGACCCAGUAAAGUCCAAAUCAUGUACGCUGAAAUAAGGGACAAUGCAGCUAUUUUAAAGUUUUAAAAGUGCGGUUUUUAAAAGCAUCAUCAGUCAAGUCACGCACAUCCAAUAGGUUGGAACAGGUGCACGAUCAAGACGUCGGUUCAGGUAAAAAUGCAAAGGAUGGUCCGUACACUGACGACCUCCCUUUUAUAGAGGAAGGGGCAGGAAGGCCCAAAACGUAAAAGAAAUGUGUUGUAAAAGGGUGCUCAUCAUCGGUGUGUGGAUUUGAAAGUAGCCUUACGCUUAAUCCGUCCUUGUACUUCUACUCAUUUAUCAUUUCCAUACAUGCUGUUGCCGGGGAGUUUGGCUCUGGGUACUGUCCAUUAUCCUGACUGCCACCCUCCACCUAUGCUUGUGGCCUUGCACUUCACUGACGCUCCUCCUCCGUGGAGAAAAUAAUAAAGUCUCCAGGCUGUCAUCCUAGCUACAACAACUUUUGCGGGGUCCAAGUAAAUGAAGGAUGAAUCACCGCACACUGGUAUGUUUGCUGGUAGUUUAUUUGGUGAACGACGCGUUUCGCUAUUGCUUCAU